AAUUUCAUCAGGAUAUUCCUGCUCUCUCACUCUCUCCCUUCUUCUCCACCCACUCUAGCUCAGCUGGAUCUCAGUCGCAUUCUCCGGUUCCUCAACCCCUCCUCCCCUCUUUCCCCCUUCGCCCGCUUAUCAGAUCUCCUCAUAUGCCCUGCAAUCCGCCUCCAUUCCAAAACCCACAAGCUUUCCUCUCAAGCUCCUCGCUCGCUCGCCUCCCCUUUUGACCGGUAGGUAGCCGCAGAACCCCAGAAAUCCAAGAAAAGCAGCGGGUCAAGAAAGAGGGAAAGCAAGCGAGGAGGUCGAUGAUGAUGGCGAUAAGUCGCCCCAUGAUUCACCGCAUCAUUCCGUCUCCUGCGCGACUGUGCUAAAAGGGCCUCGCCGUCCGUGUACUCUUUCGGCGAGCGGUGCUUCCUUGGGCAGACGGUCAGGCCAAGACCACCGCUGCAAUGCCGCAGUACCAGGAGCUGCCCUGCGGCGGGCAGGUGCUCGACAUCGACACCGCGCUCAAGGACGGCAUCCUGGGGUGCGGCCCGGAGCCCGGGGACGGGGCGCUCGGGGACGGAGGUAAGCAGCCGGUGGAGCUGCGGAAGAUGAUGGACGAGCUGGACGCGGCCGGGGACGCCGGCGGCGGGGACGAGGUCGUGCCGGCCGUCUUCAUCUGCCCGAUCUCCCUGGAGCCCAUGGUGGAUCCGGUCACGCUCUGCACCGGCCAGACGUACGAGCGCGCCAACAUCUCCCGGUGGCUGGCGUUGGGCCACAGGACCUGCCCGACCACGAUGCAGGAGCUCUGGGACGACGCGCUCACCCCCAACGCCACGCUCCGCCAGCUCAUCGCCGCCUGGUUCUCCCGCCGGUACACCCGCUUCAAGAAGCGCUCGGCAGACUACCACGGCCGCGCCGCGGACCUCGUCCACGGUCUCCGCGGCACGGCCGUCCCGAGGAGGCACCCCCUCAAGGGCCAGGCCCGCGUCGCCGCGCUCCGGGAGUUGCGCUCCCUCGCCUCCGCCCACCAGUCGGUGACCAAGGCCAUAGCUGAGGCCGGCGGCGUGUCGUUGCUGACCUCGCUUCUUGGCCCCUUCACGUCUCAUUCCGUGGGGUCCGAGGCGGUGGCCAUUCUUGUCAGCGGCGUGCCGCUCGACGGCGACGCUAAGGCGGCGCUGAUGCAGCCGGCAAAGGUGUCCCUCGUGGUGGACAUGCUCAACGAGGGCGCCGUCGACACCAAGAUCAACUGCGUCCGCCUCAUCCGCAUCCUCAUGGAGGAGAAAGGCUUCCGGCCGGAGACGGUGGCGAGCCUGAGCCUCUUGGUCGGCGCCAUGCGCCUGGUCCGGGACAAGCGGCACCCGGACGGUGUGGCCGCCGGGCUAGAACUGCUCAAUUCCAUCUGCGCCGUGCACAGGCCGGCCAGGAGCAUGAUUGUCAGCAUUGGUGCGGUGCAGCAGCUGGUGGAGCUGCUGCCGGAGCUGGCGACGGAGUGCGUGGAGCCAGCCCUGGACAUCUUGGAUGCGCUCGCCUCGGUCCCUGAAGGCAGGACGGCUCUGAAGGAUUGCCCGAGGACGAUACCCAAUGCCGUCCGAUUGCUGAUGAGGGUGUCCGAGGCCUGCACGCAGCGUGCCCUGUCGAUGCUCUGGGUGGUGUGCAGGAUGGUGCCCGAGGAGUCUGCACCCGCUGCCCUGGAGGUUGGGCUGGCCGCCAAGCUUCUCCUGGUGAUCCAAAGCGGGUGCGGGCCGGAGCUGAAGCAGCAAGCCUCGGAGUUGCUCAAGCUCUGCACCGUGAAUUGCACGUCCACCGUCUUCCUCGCGAAAUGCAAGCUCACCAAGACAAUUCAGUGAGAAGACUCCGGGACAUUGUCCUUCUGGUUGUGAUUUGAGUCGAUGAUGCCGUUCCCCUCGGUCGGUCUCGCAUAAUCUGGACUGGGAAUGGAUGAGAGAAACAAAUUGCUGCUGGAUUAAGACCCUGUGUGUAGAUAAACUCAGCAAUGCAGGAAGCUUGUCGUGUCAUUUAAAGACAUGGGGCAUGGGGGUGGAUCAAUGGAUCACCCUGCCCAUCGACCGGAAGCUAGGAUCGAGAAGCAAUGCGGCAGCAUAAGCACCACCGUAGUUGGUGGCAGGCAGGCCGGCGGCCGGAUGUACAUGCAAAUUGGUGUGAAUUUGGUCAGCUCAAUAAGCUCUCAAGGGUUGGGUUGUGUGGUAAGUACAGCCAGUUUUGCUAUCUACCAGUAGCUGAGAAUUCAGCAAAGGCCUGCAAUUUUAGAUUUUUGGCAAUGUGAGGGGUGUCAGGACUGUAGUAGUUCUUCCUUUUCUUCUUCUGGGUUUCGGUGUAAUUGAUGAUAUAAAAUUGAGUAGAAUUGUAUACAGUA